UUAGCAUCGAGAGAAAGUGGCUAUUAAAAAUUAACACCGAAAAAAUGGAAACAUUCUAGAAGUGCACUCGUCCGUAUAAACAUAAUUGUGAAGAAAUGACAAAAAUCACACUCCGAUAAUCACGAACGGUUUUUAGUGAAAUCAAAGUUCUAGAAGAAAGAGCAAGAAAGUCGGCGUGCUAGUAGAAUGGUGGAACUGUGACAACAACACACAAAUGUCUCCGCAUGGUAUAUAUAAGGUGAAGUUACAUCACAUUACCAUUGUCAACAGCCUACAAUGAGGAACAGUAGGGAAUAUGUCCAGGUGCUCUUAUUUCUCGCGGUGCUAAUCGUUGGCUAUGGGGCAGAAAUUAAAGACAAGCGUCAAGUGAACACGGAAGUGGCGGCCGAAGAAGAAGACCGGAUACCCUCCGAAACUGGAUUUGCAGAAUCGGUGCACGCGGGCAGUAAAUACUACCAAUACGCACACGUUCCCGCCAAAGAUCACUAUGAAUUCGGAGAGAAACGCGGGAAUGACCAUCACUUUAUUGAACGACACGAAAAAGCCCAUCCGCACGCAGGAGAAUUUAAAACAAAAGUGAGAUGGGGUGAUAAGCACGGAGGAUACGGCGAACAUUAUUGGGAUUAUAAUCAUGCGGGUCACGAUCAUCAUGACGGCGACGGUGAGGAAAGUCAAAAGGAGGAAGAGUACGCGAACUACGCGGAAACCGAACAGGUCCCUGCGAUUACCAAAGGCAGACAGCGUCGCGAUCUGCUCAAUGGGGAUGUUGAGUUUAUCGACGGCAGAACCCUUUCGCUGGUGGAGAGAGGCGACGCAGCGAAACAUGGCGGCAAUUACAAACGCGAUCCCUCUAUCGGAAGAAAAACGAAGCGACAAGAUUUCUUCGGGAUAAGGGCGGAAAGUGAAAACGAACCGAGAGAAAGCGAGCAGGGGGCUGUAAAAUUUUUCACCGACUUUAACUGAAAAGCUGUUGUUC